CUUCCCGCCUCCGCCGGCGCCGAGCGGCGGUCGGGGUCGCAGUGACGGUUGAGCAUGGCGGGGGCGGAGGGCCCGGCGGGGCGGCCGGCGGAGCUGGAGCCCGUGGUGUCGCUGGUGGACGUGCUCGAGGAGGACGAGGAGCUGGAGGACGAGGCGUGCGCCGUCCUGGGCGGCAGCGACCCCGAGAGGUGCUCCUACUCGCAGGGCCCCGUCCAGAGACAGGCGCUGUACGCCUGCAGCAGCUGCACCCCGGAGGGCGAGGAGCCGGCGGGGAUCUGCCUGGCCUGCAGCUACGAGUGUCACGGGAGCCACAAGCUCUUUGAGCUCUACACCAAGAGGAAUUUCCGCUGUGAUUGUGGAAACAGCAAAUUUAAGAACCUGGAGUGCAAGCUGUUCCCUGACAAGGGAAAGACAAACCCUGGCAAUAAAUACAACGACAACUUCUUUGGCUUGUACUGCAUCUGCAAGAGACCCUACCCGGACCCGGAAGAUGAGGUCCCAGAUGAGAUGAUCCAGUGUGUGGUCUGUGAGGACUGGUUCCACGGAAGGCACCUGGGUGCCGCCCCACCCGAAAGCGGGGACUUCCAGGAGAUGGUGUGCCCGGCCUGCAUGAGACGCUGCUCCUUCCUGUGGGUCUACGCCACACACCUGGCAGUAACCAGAGUGGCUGCUGAGGAGGACAGCUUGGUGCUGAAUGUUGACGGGCCAGCUGGUCCAGAAGUUGCCGAGUCUGAAGAUGGAGCUCAAGACAGCACUCUGAGAGAGAAUGUUGUGCCGCACGGAAAGGACACUGUCAGAGAUGCUGCGGCGGAGCAGAUGAGCGAGCCCUGCCCCGGCUCUAGUUCGGAGCCCGUCCUUCAGACGCCCUUUCAGAAUCAAGAGUGCGGCGGUGCACAGCCACGGGCCGGCUGCAGACUGGAGGAGCUGCGAGCUCAGCGCUAUGUGAAGAAAGACGCUGCCACCUACUGGCCCCCAAACUGGCGCAGCAAGUUGUGCGCGUGCAAAGCCUGUCUGGAAAUGUACGGUGAGCUGGACGUUGUCUUCCUGAUAGACGAACGUGACACAGUGCUGGCUUACGAGAACAAAGGCAAGGUGGGGCAGGCGGCUGGCAGGAGGGACCCGCUCAUGGACACCCUCAACAGCAUGGACAGAGUCCAGCAAGUGGAGCUCAUUUGUGAAUACAACGACCUGAAGACUGAACUGAAAGACUAUCUCAGGAGAUUCGCUGACGAAGGCACGGUCGUGAAGAGAGAGGAUAUCCAGCAGUUUUUCGAGGAGUUUCAGUCUAAAAAGAGAAGACGGGUCGACGGGGUGCAGCACUACUGCAGCUAGGCUGGGCGCGAGGCCGCCUCCCGGGGGCGCGGGGCCGCCGGCCCAGGAAUAAAGGCGCGUUCGCUCUUGUCCUCCUUCCGUCCUGGGGAGAGGGCUCGUUCUCUGCGGCCCUGCACCCCGACUCCAGUCGCUGGUGUUUCUGCCCCACGACCAGCUGCCUCGUUCCUGCUCAGCUCGGUGCCCCCCCACCCCCGCCCAGACGUUUGCCCACAUGUUCUGAAGGACUCCGGUUUGGGCUUGGAGAGAGUGAACUCCUUUGCAGUGUCCCAGCUUGUCCCUACGUCCUGAAUGCGUCCACUCCACCACGGAGCUGUCUUCCAGGCCCUGCUGCAGGCCUCAGAGAAGGGUGUUUUCCUGUCAGCCGGAACCUCCAGAGGUGCCUUGGGGCCACACUUCCUCCGGCCUGGCUGUUCCUCCCACUCUCCUGCUUAGAAGGGGCCGGGGUCUCGGACCCUCUCCUCCAGAUUAGCCAGGAGACUGGGCUGAUGGCAGGCCGGGCCGAGGAAGCCGGCUUUGGUCAGGAAUGUAGAGUUUUCGUCCUCGUUCUGCUGGCACUGGAAUGGUAGCGUUUCAGGACUGGAGCGCUCACACGGCCUCCUGAGGUAGCUGCCAGGAGCAGAGCAGAUUCUGCCCUGUGACAUCUCGGUGGUUUGCAAAGCCCUCUGGAGUGUGUUGUGUUAUCAGGGAAACUCUUAAGCACCUGUUCAAAGCGGGCUAGUAAAAUGUCAGGAUCCAGUAAACUAUCUCCUCUCUAGCUGCUGAGAAGACCCUGACGGGAGCCUGCUUGUGGGCCGGGCCGUGAGCCCUGUGUGGAGAGGCAGGUGGGGUGGGAGUCUGCAGCCCACAGGCAGGGGUGAUGGGCGUCCCGUCAGUGCUUGUCUCUGCAGGUGGCCUGCUGACCCUGGGCUCUUCCUGUGAGGAACCUCAUGGGGCAUUGUGUAAAACCUGCAUUUGAGGGGAGGUCCUUUAAAUAACUUCCUGAACGAAUGGUCUUGGCUCUGUGGAGACAAGCGUCUUGCUCAGUCUCCCUCAGGAGUGCUAAAGUCUGACCGUGAAGCCUGGAGCGGCCCUGAGGGUGGGCAGCACUCACCCGGACCCAGACGGGUGGGGGCAGGGCUUGUGGAAAGUCCAGGCCUUGGUGGGCGUCCCCUUUUUUCCCACCCGGCCUGGCGAGUGCAGCUCCUUGUGGAGAGAGAGGCGAGGCCUGUGUAGAACAGGGCCGGUAGGGCCGGGCAAGGGCUUGGGGAUUUGCUCGGAGCUCCUGGGCCUCGGAGCCCCUGCCUGAGGCUGCACGAGUUGUGUGCUGUUGUGUCUGCAAGUCUCUCUUGCUGAAGGUUUGAUUUCACAGAGGCUCUUUCUGGUCAGAGGCGACAUCACUCCCUGGGCCCCGUGCUAAAGGACUUGUUUGGAGCUACUUUCCUUCUUUUACAUGCACCGGGAACUUUUGUUUUAAUCCUAUUCACGACUAGUUUUCUUAUAACUACUGGGCUGUGUCUGGGUAUAGAUAGAUUUUGGCCGGCUUGUGGCACCUGACGUUAGCGCACGUCUCGUGCAGAACAAGAACAUGACAUUAGUCGCUUUUAAGAAAGUCUGGCGUUGUAUGAGCGUUUUUGUAAAACUAUAAUUACACACGUCCAAUCAGGUUUCUGUCAAAUUUAAAUAAAAGCAUAUCAACGCA